UCCCGUGGGUCCACGCCCUACCUGGGGCGCGGGGAGCGGUCUCCGCCACCUCGAACCUGGGGGACCUGGGAGACUACCGUUGGGGAGUGUGUGUCCCCGACACCAGGCGGCGGCGGUCGUCUGGGAGAAAGAAAUCCGGCGGCGGGGAGAGAAUCCCACCCGCACUCCACUGGAGAGUCUCCGGCCCCGCCUCUCUCGGCUGGAUUCCAGCGGGGAAGGAGGGAGCCGCCCCGCACCCGCCCCCGACGGGCCAGGCCGCGUGGGGCGUCUGAGAACCGGAGAAGCCGCCAACCUGCAGAGAUGGAGGCGGCGGGCACCUGGGCGCUGCUGCUGCUGCUGCUGCUGCUCCUGGUGGUGACGCUGGUGCUGCCUGCGACCCGGGCCCGAGGCCACCUGCCCCCGGGGCCCACGCCGCUGCCGCUGCUGGGCAACCUCCUGCAGCUCCGGCCGGGGGCGCUCUACCCGGGGCUCCUGCGGCUGAGUAAGAAGUACGGACCGGUGUUCACCGUGUACCUGGGACCCUGGCGGCGCGUGGUGGUCCUGGUCGGGCACGAGGCUGUGCAGGAGGCCCUGGGAGGCCAGGCCGAGGAGUUCAGCGGGCGGGGGAUGGUGGCAACACUGGACGGGACCUUCGAUAGCCACGGCGUGUUCUUCUCCAACGGGGAGCGAUGGAGGCAGCUGAGGAAGUUCACCACACUGGCCCUGCGGGACCUGGGCAUGGGGAAGCGAGAAGGCGAGGAGCUGAUCCAGGUGGAGGCCCGAUGUCUGGUGGAGGCGCUCCAGGGGACAAAAGGACGGCCAUUUGACCCCUCCCUGCUGCUGGCCCAGGCCAGCUGCAACAUCAUCUGCUCCCUCGUCUUCGACCUCCGCCUCCCCUACGACAAUGAGGAGUUCCAGGCCGUGGUCCAAGCGGCUGGCGGCAUCGCCGUGGGGGUCAGCUCCCCAUGGGGCCAGACCUACGAGAUGUUCUCCCGGUUCCUACAGCGCCUCCCGGGCCCCCACACGCAGCUCCUCGGCCACUUGGGCACCGUGGCCGCCUUCGCCACCCAGCAGGUGCGGCAGCAUGAGGGGAGCCUGGGCGCCUCAGGCCCCGCGCGCGAUCUCGUGGACGCCUUCCUGCUGAAGAUGGCAAAGGAGAAGCAAGACCCAAACACAGAAUUCACCGAUGAGAACCUGCUGAUGACAGUCGUGUAUCUACUGUUUGCCGGGACAGUGACCGUCAGCACCACGAUCCGAUACACCCUGCUGCUCCUGCUGAAAUACCCUCAGGUCCAAGAGCGCGUGCAGGAGGAGCUGAUGCGAGAGCUGGGGGCCGGCCAGGGGCCAAGCCUGGGGGACCGAGCCCGCCUCCCCUACACGGAUGCAGUUCUGCAUGAGGCGCAGCGGCUGCUGGCACUGGUACCCAUGGGAAUACCCCGAGCCCUCACCAAGACCACCCGCUUCUGGGGGUACACCCUACCACAGGGCACAGAGGUCUUCCCCCUUCUUGGCUCCAUCCUGCAUGACCCAGCGGUCUUCGAAGAGCCCGAGGAGUUCAACCCAGGCCGAUUCCUGGACGCGGACUUGAAGUUCAAGAAGCACGAGGCGUUCCUGCCCUUCUCCUUAGGUAAGCGCGUCUGCCUCGGGGAGGGCCUGGCUCGGACCGAACUCUUCCUCCUGUUCACCGCCAUCCUGCAGGCCUUCUCGCUGGAGGGCCCGUGCCCGCCGGGCACCCUGAGCCUCCAGCCGGCCAUCAGUGGCCUUUUCAACAUCCCCCAAGCCUUCCAGCUGCAAUUCCGGCCCCGCUGACCUGCACCCCACCCCCACCAGCUGUGUGGACCGGAUGACAGAGGGAGCCUUGGGAGGGUGGCAGCCUCGACGGUGGGCAUGGACCUGGCUGUGUCUCCAGAGCCACGCGUCUACACCACAGGCAGCCUCAUUCACACCCGAGUAGGUGUGUAUUCGCACACGUAUAUUCAGCCUCCACAUCCGCAGGGUCAUCAGCCCACACAACUACGCACCCAGACACACCCACGAGAACCACAAGGCAACUAAGCCACACUGCUUUCUAUAGACAGAGAUUCAGUCUGUCUGAAAUCACGACCAUGUACCCAGAUAACCCACCAAGUUAACACACAGCACAACCACCUUGGACUCACAGCCCACACGUGGGCAUUCAGCUGCUGCCUUCACAACUCACAGCAAUGGCCACAGUGUUUGUGGCCCAUGUGCCCUCUGAAUGCAUCAGAUUUACCGGUGCCACUGUCUCUGGGAGCCUGGAGAAGAGACCCCAGGCUGGGUCAUGUCACCACACACAUGUCCUCAGUGAGGUAUGUCCCUCGGUGACCCUACCACUAUCCAGGCAUAAGACUGUCACCAUCCACAGGCCCCCAACCAUCGAACCACACAGCCAACCCACGUGUGUGUGACACCAGCGGAACUGCUGGAUAUCUCCCUGCUAAGACACAACACAGCCUCCGGGGCCCCAGUUGCGGCCUCCUCUGCACCUUCAGCCCUCAAGGGCAUCCCCUUUGCAGGUACCCUGAUCCUCAAAUGCUCCCAAAUACAGACACACCCCAGUGUGCAAUUGUGCACACAAACCUGGGGACCAGGUAAACUUGGACACAUGUGGACACCCAGGCCAGGGUAGCACACGUGCGCGCGCACACGCCAGCUUAUAUCAGGGAUCGAACCCUGUCUCUUAUGUCUCCGGCAUGGACAGGCAGGCUCUUUGCCACUGAGCCUCCAAGGCAGCCCUAGCCUCUCCUGCUCCCCCACCCCCCUCAGCACACACAAUGACCCACCGCCCCGACUCUGCGUCACAGUCCCAGCUAGACCCUGUGGAAAGAGCCAGAUUCCAGUUCCCCGUGUCGGGGAAGAGGCCAGGUCUGACAUCCUUGCCACUUGGAAGGUCCCCGUUUUGCAAUAAAAGUUUGUUUCUGGCCCCGGGGCAGGGCCUAGUCUGA